AUGACGGGUGGGCCGGUGCUGCCCCUGGCCCCGCACGCCGGCUGCACGCGUCUUUCCAGGGUCGUCGCGUCGUCGGUUUGUCUGGUGUUGAAGAGAGCUCCGCCGCGCCACCUCCCUUCUCCGGUCCUCCCUUCCCCCUCCCCCUGCAGCCCUAGGAGCUCUGCCGCCUCUUUCGAUGAGAUCCACCGUCUCCCGAGGUCCUUAUCCACCCCAGCUCGCGAGGAAGCCACGAAAGGAGGAGCUCAACCGGGCAUCGCCGGCCGGAGAAGGAGGAGAGGCGCGGAUGCCAGGCAGGGAGGCAGAUCGGCUCGCCUCCGCGGCAGCCAGGGAGGCGGAUCGGCUCGCCUCCGCGGCGUCUUGUGCGCCGCCGCCGCCUCUACAUCCACCUUUCUCCGCAUAGCAGCAUGUGUGCGGAAGCGGGGACAUGCGACCGCGAGCAGAUGGCGUCGGCGGCAACGGCAACACGCAUGGUGUGCAAAGUCCGAUAAGAUGGGCGUGGCCUCCCCGCAUGCGUUUCAGGAUGGCGUGCUCGACGGCUCGGAACGCGCCCGCACGGGCACAAGAGGUAUGCAUAGGAGCACGCCGACGGCAACGUGCACCGCGAGGUCGGCCAGAGCCCCUCCGUACUGGAGGAAACCUGCGACUCACCUCCACUCACAGGUCUAUGCCGAUUUCCACAAUAACACUGCCUCCAACUUUCUCAUUUCCCUAGCUCUGCAUACAAGGUCCAAGCUAGGUAUGCCAAUCUUGUUAUAG